AUGGCUCGAGAAAAGAUGCACAGUACAAGUGCUGAGGAAGUGGCAACAAACGGCGGCCAGGAACUUGAUCCACAACCCACAACACCGCCUAAAAAUCAACCGAAUGCAGCACCACCGUCCAAUAAAAAUCACUAUCAACAUGUUAUCGCCGCUACCGUUAUGUUUUCGCUGAUCACGAAUGCCUAUUAUAAUAUUGGUACUUAG